CGCGCGGAUGGCGCCUGGGCCGCUGAGGUGGGAGCGGCUCGCCAUGAGCACGUGGGCGGCCGGCAAGGCGCUCGCGGGGCCCUCGGCCCGCCUCGCCAACGGCCUAGAGAUCCCCAUGCUGGGGCUGGGAACAUCCCAUUAUGGUGGCUACUCCCAUGAUGCUGUGGUGUAUGCGCUUCAGAAAUGUGGCAUUCGUCACAUUGACACGGCAAAGAGAUAUGGCUGUGAAUCGCUCCUGCAGAAGGCCAUCAAGGAGAGUGGUGUAAAACGGGAGGAUCUCUGGAUAACUACCAAGCUCUGGCAUGCAGACUAUGGCUACGAGAACACUAAACAAGCCUGCUUAGAGUCCUGCAAGAGACUUGGUGUUGAGUAUCUAGAUCUUUACUUGGUGCAUUGGCCGGACACGCACAUCCCUGGUAAAAGCAAUCGAGAAGUCAGAGCAGAGACCUGGCGAGCCAUGGAAGAGUUGUAUGAGAAAGGUUUAUGCCGGUCUAUUGGAGUAAGCAACUUUCUUAUUCAUCAUUUGGAACAACUGAAAGAAGAUUGCCAGGUAACCCCACACAUUAACCAGGUUGAAUACCACCCUUUCCAUAGGCCUCAAGAAUUAGUGGAUUACUGCCAAAGCAGGAAUAUUGUUUUCGAAGGCUACUGCCCACUUGCCAAAGGUGAAGCCCUUAGUCAUCCAGACGUAAUUCAGCUUGCAAAAAAAUAUGGCAGAACUCCUGCACAAAUAUGUAUACGCUGGAGCAUACAGAAUGGCAUUGUCACUAUUCCAAAGUCUACCAAACCAGAGAGGGUCCUGGAAAACUGUCAGGUCUUUGACUUUUCCCUAGCAGAAGAUGAUGUUGCAAUUCUGAAUGGAAUGCAUGAUGGGAGACAUGUCUCCUGGGAUCCAACCCCAGUUGUUUAGAUGCCAAGGUUUGGAUUGUUGUUGUCUUUGACUUUAGUCUGAAAAAAGAAGAUAUGGAAUUUUUAAACUCUAUGAAUAUUGACAGAAAACUGAUUCACCUUACCUACCCAUUAUGGAAAGGAUAAUCUUAAAACAUUGCAAUGGCUCAAACCAUGAAGAUAUCAAAACUACACAAAUCCGUUUUGCUAUAAAUGUAUUUUAGAUAACCCAAUAUUCCCAUCUUCCUACCUCACUAAAAUACCUUUUGGGAAAUCAUGAGUCAUUCUUCAUCCCAACUAAAUCUAAGUAAAAUGAUAUUACAGAAGACAGCAGCAGCCUUGUGAUUCUUGCCACGUGCCAGGCAAACGGGGUUUGCCAUUGGAUGCUAGUGGAAAUGAACUGGUCUGGUUAAUUUAAUGAAAUGCCCACAUACACAUAAUUGCAUGAAAGCAACUAAAUCAGUUUAGAACCAGAUGCUCCUAUUAGAUCAUCACAGUCUCAUUUUACUGGCAAUAAAGAUCUUUAAAC